AUGACACCUGCAAGGCCAACUACACCAGUACCAGUUAUGCAUCCAAAUAUGAGGGUCACUGAUCUCAUUAAUCAGGAAUCAAAGGGAUGGGAUGUUGAGUUGCUGGAACAUUAUGUCAAUCCUGUUGAUAUAUCUUUUAUAAGGAGUUUGUCCAUAAGCACAACUCAUCGGCAAGACACGUUCUGCUGGAGCUACACAAGGAAUGGCCAAUACACAGUGAAUGGCCAAUACACGGUUAAAUCUGGAUAUUGGGUGGCUCAUAAUCUAUUAAGGACAGAGGAAGAAAAAGAAGUGUUAGAGCCAAGUAUCACUAAGCUCCAAGUAUUUUCUUGGAAAUUAAAGGCGCCUAAGAAAAUAUGUCAUCUUAUAUGGCAAUUGUUAACCGGUCAUGUGGCAGUAACGAGGAACUUAGUAAGGCAUAAUAUGAGGAGAAUAGACAGAGACCCUUUGGAGCUUGUGCGGUAUGCUGAAAGUGAAUGUCAGAAAUGGUUCAAUGCGAAUGAGAUGGUACCAUCAAUCGUACAAGAAAACAACAUGGAGGAACCCCAAGCCAUAAGCCUGGAUAACAUUUGCUUGCUAGAUGGAUCUUGGACAUCCUCUGCUCAAUUCAGUGGAUGUGAAUGGGCCUGGAUGGACAAUGGUUAG